AAAAACAACGUCCCGACCUUUAUUUAUCCAGUGCUGCUAAAUUCAGCGCUAAUGAUUUUUUAAAUAACUGCACAAAAGUACACAACAGUCGGUUCAAGACAUGACGACCAACCCGUUUACUAUCAAACAAACCGAUCAAGACCGUCAUGUUGUGGCAAAUCGUCUUAUCAAAUCCGGUGAAAUAAUCCUCACCGAAACCCCUUUUGUUUACGGCCCAAAACCAGGAUCACCCGUUUUGUGUCUUGGUUGUUUCGAAUGUGUCGACUCAAAAACAGCGUGUUCGAAGUGCUCUUGGCCGGUUUGUGGCCCCGAAUGCGAAUCCUUGUCCAGUCACAAGGACAAUGAGUGCGAAAUUUUUGCCAAGAAUCGGGUCAAAUUUAACGAUGUGGACGAUCCGUACGAUGUUUGUUUGCAGUACGAGGGGAUAACACCACUUCGGAUGCUCCUAGCGAAGGAGAAAGACCCCAAACGGUGGUUGGAAGAAAUCGAAGGGUUGAAAAUUCGCAAAAACAACGAUAAUGUCGUGGAUUUUGUACGAAAUGUGUGCAAAAUGGAUCAAUUUUGUGACGAUUUAAUUCACACCGUUUGUGGGAUCCUUGACUUGAAUGCGAUAGAAGUGAGAGCUCCUUCGGGUUAUUUGAUUCGUUGUUUGUACCCGAAAUUAUCACAAAUUUCCCACAAUUGUGUCACAAAUCUCUUUCAAACUGUGACCCCUGAGGAUUUUAAAAUCACACUCAGAGCGUCUGUUAACAUUUCCGAAAACCAGGAACUAUUCUAUAACUACGUUUAUCCACUUUGGCCGACUUUAAUCCGGCGCGAUUUUUUGAAAGAAAAUAAAAAUCUGGACUGUCGUUGUAAAAGAUGUGGUGAUAAAACAGAGCUAAGGACACACUUAAGCACCUUGAAGUGUAGCAAAUGCGACAACGGGAUACUUUUGAGUAGUGAUCCCUUGAGCGAUUCCUGCGACUGGAAUUGUACUCACUGUGAGUUCAAAACCAACGCAAGUUCGGUAAAAAAAGUCUACAGAAUAGUUCAGAGUGAAAUAGAAGCCAUUCAGAUGGUUUCAGGGGCUGAAGGAAUCGAGCAACGCGAAGCUAUUUUCAGGAAAUAUCGUUCGGUUUUUCACCCGAAAAACGCCUACAUGACGAUACUCAGAGUCGACUUGACGCAAUUAUACGGACGAGCUCCUGGUUACACCAUUCAUGAAUUACCGGAUUUGUUACAGGAGCAUAAAGUCGAGUUGUGUUAUCAGUUAUUGGAAGUUUUGGACGUCGUAGAACCUGGGCUUUCGAAACUCCGGGGAAUCACACUGUAUGAGCUUCACGCUCCUUUAAUUUCACUCGCUCGGAAUGAAUACAAGUCGGGGUUAAUCACCCGAGAAGACUUUCGCAAGAAAAUGCAGGAUGCUGUUGGACUUCUUGAAAAGUCGGUGGAGAUUUUGAAGUUGGAACCGCCGAACUCAGUCGAGGGGGAAUUGGCGAUUGUUGCGAAACAAUCGCUGGAGAAUUUGGUGCAAAAUUUUGAUCUACUCAUACAAACUGCGUGAUUUAUUGUAACACUGUAGUAAUAAAAACUAUUUUUUCUUCUUGGCUU